UGUUAGAGACUUCAUUACCCAGGAGCCUUCACGGUGACGUACGAGACGUAGACGGCUUCAAGAUGGUGCUUGAAAGUACUAUGGUCUGUGUGGACAACAGUGAGUACAUGCGAAAUGGAGACUUUCUGCCCACCAGGCUGCAGGCUCAGCAGGAUGCAGUUAACAUCGUUUGUCACUCCAAGACCCGCAGUAACCCAGAAAAUAACGUGGGCCUCAUCACCAUGGCAAACAACUGUGAAGUGCUGACCACACUGACUCCAGACACAGGGAGGAUACUGUCUAAGCUGCAUGCGGUGCAGCCUCGAGGAAACAUUAGUUUCUGCACUGGCAUCAGGGUGGCGCAUCUGGCGCUGAAGCACAGGCAGGGCAAAAACCACAAGAUGCGCAUUAUUGCAUUUGUGGGCAGCCCAGUGGAGGACAAUGAAAAAGAAUUGGUCAAAAUGGCAAAGCGUCUGAAGAAAGAGAAAGUCAAUGUGGACAUCAUUAACUUUGGCGAGGAGGAGAUGAACACAGAGAAGCUGACGGCUUUCAUCAACACACUUAAUGGCAAAGAGGGCGCUGGCUCCCACCUGGUCACAGUACCUCCAGGUCCCAGUCUGGCAGAUGCCCUGCUCUCCUCGCCCAUCCUGGCAGGGGAAGGAGGCGCCGUGUUGGGUCUCGGUGCCAGUGACUUUGAGUUUGGAGUGGAUCCCAGUGCAGACCCAGAGCUGGCCUUGGCUCUUCGCGUUUCCAUGGAGGAACAGAGACAAAGACAGGAGGAUGAAGCUCGCAGAGCUGCUGUUGCAUCAGCGGCUGAAGCCAACAUUUCCUCCCCUGUAGCAGACGAGUCGGAGGACGCCCUGUUGAAGAUGUCGGUCUCGCAUGCAGACUCGGCUGCACCUGCUCUGCCAGACUUCAGCCGCAUGACGGAGGAGGAACAGAUCGCCUAUGCUCUGCAGAUGUCCAUGCAGGGAGCUGGAGCAGAGUUUGUUGGCGAGGAGAUGGACACGGGCGCCGACAUAGAUUCCAGUGAAGCGAAGGAUGAAGAGGACUAUGAUGUAAUGCAGGAUCCGGAGUUCCUGCAGAGUGUUUUAGAGAACCUCCCCGGGGUCGACCCCAACAAUGAGGCCAUCCGGAACGCCAUGGGCUCGCUGGCUUCCCAAACGGGCUCCAAGUCUGACACCAAGAAGGACGAGGAGAAAAAGAAAUGAGCAUUUUAGAAGAGAUUAUGAAACUGUGUGAUAAAUGAGACUUAUGAGAGUUGCUCUGCAUGUCUUCACCGUAACAUUACAUUUAAACCCAGCAUAAUUUUUAUUUUUCCCCUCUGUAUAGAAUGUAAACAGUCUUUGGCUUUUGUUUUUGGGCUGAUUUUAACCCCUUUUUCAUUUUUGUAACGUAUCUCCUCAUUAACAUAGAGACGUUUCUUCAAUAAAUCUACAGAACAGAG